GAUUCCUGAAAAAGGCUUAAGAUGAGAUCUUAUUAUCCCCCACCCCAUUCCUCUGUUCCUUCAGACUCCUCAACUGCAAUCAGGAAAAUUAUCACAGACACAAUCUCCCAAAGAUUAGAGGCUCCUUGGUCAUUUCCUGUUUCUGUGACAGUUUGGAGGAUGCCGUCACUCUCUUCAUGAACUCCCUCCUUCACCUCGUUCCUCAGUCCCUCCCUCUGACUAGCCAAUCAGACCAGACAGGCUUGUCUGGAUACGAAAUAAGCGGGCAGUGGGAGGGGUGUGGAUGACCAACUGGACAGGACCAAAACCCCUGCCAGCCAGACCGGAGCUGAGAGGCUGAGAGAAUCUCAACCAAGAUUUGGCUGAAGAAAACACGGUGUCCUCGUUUGUCAGUGAAUAAUGUCUGAAUGAAUCGAAUUUGUUAGUGAUUCCUCAAGGACCUACAUCCCUGCAGGUGUAGCGGUGGGAAGUUGAGACACAAGAGGAGGAGAUAAACAGGAGUAGGAAGUGGGGGGUGAAGCUAUCAGACUGAGCACAUGUCAGCUUGGUUGGUUCAGACUGGCAGCUCAAACCCGCUAUGCUAGCAGGGGGACGGAAGUUUUCUGACCUGGAGAUGUUAGUGGGCAUGGAGGACGAGUGUGUGGACAGCGCCAGGAGCCGAGCUGGGAGCUGCGUGGAGUUCCACAGCCUUAAAAAGAUGAAGACCCUCGCCCAGAGGCGACAGUCGGCUCCCUCGCUGGUCAUCAGCAAAGCACUUACGAGAUCGAGAAGCGCUUCCAGAGAAAGCUGCAUGAUGCUGGUCAGCCCUGAGUCGUGUCCUCUUGUCCAGGCCUUCCUGGCCGAAUGCCUCGGCCGCCUGUUCCUGGGUCACGCCCAAGCGCAGCUGAAGACGGGCCUGCAGACCCAGGAGAGACACCUCUUCCUCUUCAACGAUGCGCUGCUAGUCACCAAGGCCAAGUCUCCUACUCAUUUCAAAGUAAAAGCUCAGGUCAGAGUGUGUGAGAUGUGGACGGCGAACUGCAUGGAUGAGGUGUGUGAGGGAAGCACAAACCCAGAGAGGAGCUUCGUCAUUGGAUGGCCCACCUGUAACUUUGUGGCAACUUUCAGCUCUGAAGAGAUCAAGGACAAGUGGUUAUCACUCAUCAUUGGUCAGUUAAGCGAAGGAAAAGAGAAGGACGAUCCCAAAACCAUUCCUCUGAAGAUAUUUGCCAAAGACAUUGGAAAUUGUGCAUAUGCCAAGACGCUCGCCGUCAACAACAAUGACAGAACCGACGAUGUCAUUCGAAUGGCUUUGCAGCAGUUUGGCAUAUCGGGCUGUGUGAAGGACCACCGAUUGUGGGUCAGUUCCUGUAAGGAUGAUCCUCCAUAUCCUCUCAUUGGCCACGAGUUUCCCUUUAGCAUCAAGAUGAGCCACAUUCGGGACGGAGGGAGCAGCCCUGGUGGGCACACAGGAGGCCUAGGGAGGGAGCCCAUGAGUCCGACCGACUGCCCUGAAGUUCUGCUGCUGGACCAGUGCCUUCCCCCAGACACCCAGUGCCAGUUCAUCCUCAAACCCAACAAGGUGGUCCUUGAGCCUCCACAGAUUAUAGAGCCCGGUCAGCAGAAGACCUUCAAGAGGAAGCGAUCCCUGAUCAACUGGCCUUUCUGGAGGGGCUCCAGCACCCAGCUGGACAGCCUGCCUCUUUCCCCAUCGCUGCUCUCUCCUAACCCGGGACGGCUGUUUGGACAGCCUCUGAACUCGGUGUGCUCUUCAGAUUACGGCUUGCCCAAGCCCGUCAUGGAAAUGUUAGUGUUCCUCUAUCAGGAAGGGCCGUACACCAAGGGUGUGUUCAGGCGCUCGGCUGGCGCUAAGGCCUGCAGGGAGCUUCGGGACAGGCUGGACAGCGGGACGGAGGAGCCGGAGAUCACACACCAGUCUGUGUUCGUCAUCGCCGCCGUCCUCAAGGACUUCCUGCGAAACAUCCCGGGCAGCAUACUGUGUGUGGAUCUGUACGAUCAGUGGAUGGAUGCGAUGGAAGGAGACGGAGGAGAGGAGCGGCUGCCGGGUGUUCAGAGGCUGCUGCAGCUGCUGCCCAGUGAGAAUCAUCUCCUGCUGCGUCACGUGAUGGCUGUGCUGCACCACAUACAAGGCAGCGCCCACGACAACCAGAUGAACGCCUUCAACCUGUCGGUCUGCAUCGCUCCCAGCAUGCUUUGGCCUCCGACCCCGAGCACGCCAGAGGUGGAGGGAGAGGCCACAAAAAAGGUGUGUGAGCUCGUGCGCUUCCUCAUAGAGAACUGCAGCAGCGUCCUGGGAGACGUCGCCUCGUUGUUCAAAGACAUCAGCCAGAAGAGCAGCAGCGACCACGGAUCUGAUGUUUCGUCCUUCCAAAUGAACGACUCGUCCUACGACAGUCUGGAGAACGAGCUGAACGAUGACCCCGAGUCUCCCUAUCAGGAACAGCUGCUGCUGCGCGAAAAAGCCAAGCCGGAAAGCCGCAGCCGGGACUCGGUCAUCACCCUAAGUGACGGCGACCCGGAGCCGGACCCCGACACCGAUCACCUGCUGCAGCUCCCCCCUCUGGCCAGGCCCAGGAGAUUCAGCCCUGCCAUACGGCAGCCCCGCCACGGCUCGUCACACGGUCCAAGGAGACUCCGGAGAAGCUCCGAGCCGGCCUUGGCUUUAGCUAAUGUGCCGUCUUCCAGCAUGGUGGCGGUCAACGCGGACAACCACCACUUACCCUUAAGGAAGGCCAGCUAUGACGCAGCCAUGGAGGGGGAAGAGGACGAGGUGUUUGUGGAGCAGGGUUUGAACAGACUGCAGCUAAAUGAGGAGGUAAAGAAUGGUUGUGUCCAGAGAGGAGCCAGCAGUGGGCGGAGGAAGACGAAGCACGCGCCUCCGCCUCCGCUGCGAUUGGACGCCAGCUGUUCCAGCCUGUCUUCACCGGCGACUUCUCCAACAGGAUCUUCCCUCAGCUCUUUAGACUCUGCCUUUUCUCAGUACUCCACUGACUAUGCCACGAACGCCGCAGCUACGCAACAGUCGCCGAGAGACUCCCCGCCUCAGAGGGACGCCACGCCCCAUUGGCAACCAUCCGUCCAUCCGCCUCGUGGGAACCAGAUCUCCCAAUCCCACGGACUCCACCCCAACACCUGGCUCAAGAAGGACCGCUGCUUGUCUCUGAGACAAUCCGACAGCGGACCCUUGGAGGACUUAACUGUGGUGAACGGGAAUUCCUACCCAACCGGCGGUGGUUGCUCUGUCGCUGUUGACGACACGGCAGCGACAGAGCCAAACGAAAACUGCCAACGACGGUCCAGCAGCCCUCCGUCCUACCAGCAGGCUCUUAUCCAGCUUCAGCGUAACCGCUCCCCGUUUUACAGAGGCGCAGAGAAACCCUUGACCGUCAAAGAGCUGAGGAAGCUCCACGACCGGAGCUGCGCUUCCAAAUCCUCCGGUGCAAACUCAUCGGACAAUCCCAAACCGGCCGCAGGAGCCCAGGUCUCGCAAAAACCGGCGCGGACAGAGAGAGUCCGACCUCCGCAGAGUGUUUUCUAUGGACAGACGGCGACCACACUGGUCCUCCAGAGGCCAAAAUCCCACUCCCUCACCCCUGCUGCCGAAGGCCACAAAGGAGGGAAGACCCUUCCUCGCCGAGCCUCCGAGCCUGCUAAGGUCUUGGCCAAUUCGGACACCGACAAGAGCCUCACCCUAGACAGACCUUUGGGCAGUAAACCUCAGCCGAACGGCGACAGACGGCGGGCGUCGCAUGUGGAGUCCGGCCACACCAUGCCUCCGCUCUGCCUGUCUCCUUCCGCCACCCAGGUGGUUAGGGACUACUUCUCCUCACAGGGUCAGGCAGACCCCAACUCCUGCCUGCGAAAGAGCCAGGAGGUUGCCGUGGCAAUAGCGCAGAAUAAGCAGGAGUGGCAGAGCAGGCGGUGCAGCGACCCGCGACUGGAGGACUUCGAACAGCUCUUCUUUGCAGAAGAGUCGUAUGUGUAACAUAAGAACUGUACAGACAAAUUGUAAAUGGGAGAAUGCGUUUUGGUUUUUUUGUUUUUUAUAUCAGAUGUUUGUUUUAUUUGUGUACAGCUGUUGCCUUUUAUGGUAUUAUAUGUUUUUCUUAUGUUACAGUCCUGAGUACGCUAAUGGUGCUCUGUAUUUUUAAAGGUACAAAUAGGCACCGCAAUUAGCAAGAAAUUAUAUUUAGCAGUGAUUAUCGCUCUGCCUUUAUGAACAGUUAAUACAACUUUCCAGUUAAUUUUUUUUUACCCACAUAUAAGAUGAAUGUGUACAUCUUAUAUGUUCUCACACAAGUGUUCUUGUUAUCGGUAGCUCUGGUUUGGAUCUCUGUGACCACGAUGGGAUGUUAAAAUUACGAUAAAAUCCACGAUAAAAUUACAGAUGCACUGAGCACAGAUUUGUAGCCAAAUUCCAAAUCUUCUUGGUUUUUAAAGUUUUGAUUGUACGUACUGAUAUUUUCCCUUCACGUGUUUAAUGCAUAAGCUAAUGGGAUAAAUCUUUUGUGUUUUACUAUCAUUUCAAAGCACAAAACUAUUAAGGAAUUGACAUUUUAAAUAAUACUGAGCAUCUAGUUUAGUCUCCCACACAGAGCGUUGGUAUGGUGCCUUCACUGAUGGUUAAAAAAAAGAUCAGAUUCUUGAGUUUUCGACUAGAAGGAUCAGCUUAUUUUGCCGACCAGCUGAUUUCUCUGCGCGCCUCUCUAGUUGAAAUCUUUUUGAGGAUGCUUUCAUGUCACUACUAUAUUUUAAUGAAGAAAAUCAGCCAAUUUAACGUGAAUAAAUCUUGUUUAUACGCCUCUUGGAGUCUUCUACCUAUCUAAAGUACUUGCCAAGAUUAUCUUGUUUAUAUUAGUUUAUUUUUUAAUAAAUUACCUCAAUUGAUAAAUUUCCCUUAAUUACUUCAAUAAAACAUAAUUCACUCAUUUAGCUCAGUAAAAAUAAAAAACAGGUUUUGAGAGUGUUGCCUGUUUUCUUUAACAAGAGAAGGAUGUUAUUGUCCAUGUAAAGUGUUGUCUCAAAAAAAAACUCUGUUUAUUAUCUCCACUACCUUGAAUUGUGUUCAGCCUGUAUAGUUGUGAAUAUUUAUGAUACAGAUAUAUGUAUAAAUAUAUAUAAAUAUUAUUAUCUUGACUCGUUUUGGUAUGGUUUGUGAAAACGAAAUAUGUAUUUUUGUACAAGCCAAUUCUGCUGCUGCUGUCCUAAUAGUGUAUUUGCUAUAAAACGCACCAUUUGUAUAUUGUGUAAAUCCAAUGCUCACAAGAACGAGGAAAAAUUUGGAUUUUAAUAAACGUUGCUCUUGUGAAACUA